CCGACUUUUCACCCACACUUCUCACUUUUGCAGCAGCUCUGAAAACGAAAGCAGAAACUCGUCUAAUCUCUCUCUUUCACACACAUAUACACACACUGCUGAGAAACGGAGAUUGAAUCUAGCUGAAGAAGCAAACAUUCCGAAAUGGAAAAGGAAGCAAAGAAGGAGGCGUUUAGAAAAUACCUGGAAUCCAGUGGAGUUCUCGAUGCUUUAACAAAAGUUCUCGUGGCACUGUAUGAGCAGAACGACAAACCCUCUUCAGCUGUCGAGUUCGUCCAGCAAAAGUUAGGCGGUCCAACUCUUGCUGAAUAUGAAAAGGUGCAAGCUGAAUUCUCGGAUUUACAGACAAGAUACAACGAGCUUUUGGCAGCGCACCAAGAAAAAUGUCGAGAGUACGAUGAACUAAAAGUCAGCCAUAGCCAAACAUCGUCAAAGGAAACUGCUAAGGAAGAAGCCCCCAUUGAAGAACUAUGACACAAUGCCAAAAUAAAAACCUAAUAAGAUUUGAAUUUAACAAGGAAAAUGUUUUGGCGGUGUUUAUACACAUUUAGAGUGUGCUCCUCGUGUUGUUUUACGUAUUUAAUGGCGGUAAGUUGCAAGAAGAAAAAAAAAAUUGAAGUCGUUGAUUUAAUUUGAAUCGUGUUAGGCCUCGUUUGAGAGUGUUGAUACGUUUGGCCAGAUAUGGUCGAAUUGAGCAAGUAUACUGCAUUAUUUAUGAUAAUGUAAUAUGAGACUAUCUUAUUUUUUGAAUUUGUGAAUACAAAAUGGAAGAUCAUGUAAUAUUU